CAGCUUCGCGUCUUCACUGCAGAAACAUGCCCCACCAUUCACCCUUUCAACCUACAAUACCAUUUGAAUCCAUACCUUACCUACUCCAAGAGGUCGUCUACAUUGGUUUAUGCGAGGGCAUGAAGAGCUCCUGUUCCUAAUCAUGAUCAAUGCCUUUCUGGUCUUCAACGGCCAAGGUCAGCCUCGUCUGACGAAGUUCUAUACCCAACUGGAAACUAGUAUACAGCAGCGCCUCAUCUCCGAAAUAUUUACACUCGUCUCGAAUCGACCGGCCGGAUCUUGUAACUUCUUACCCCUUCCACCUCUGCUCGCCGCUUCAGGCACCUCCCACACCUCCUCGGAAGAACAGAACGAUGUUCCAACACUAGUGACAUACCGCAACUAUGCGACCCUUUAUUUCAUCGUCAUCUCUACAUCGACCGAGUCGCCGCUUGCCCUAAUUGAUCUGAUCCAAGUCUACGUGGAGGCCCUCGACAAGCUUUUUGAGAACGUCUGUGAGCUGGACUUAAUCUUUAAUUUCGAAACCCUGCACUCUACCUUAUCGGAAAUGAUAAUAGGGGGCGUGGUAAUAGAGACAAACCUGGAUCGCAUUGUCUCAGGGGUAAAGGCACAAGGAACGGUUGCGAAGAGACCUGUGAACGAAGGCAGAGGGCCUACUGGCCUGGGAAGUGGACUUGGUAUGGGUGCCAAUUUUGCUUGGACUGGGCGAUGAGAAUUACGACUAUUCAGAGCGACGAACGAAAUGCAUGAUAGAGCGGAUUACAAGAUGUGUCUGCCUGUUGAGAUAUGCAUAUAUGUUUCGUCUCUACGAGACUAAAGCCAAACUCCAAGUAUUGAAUAAUAUACAUAUUAAAUACACUAUUUUGAUUCUGG